AUGGAAGCGGAAGGCAGGAGUGAGCAGGGUAAGCACAAGAAGGGGCGACUUUGCAGCAGCCUCUGGCCCCAGAGCUACCCCGCCCCUGGGACUCUGACCUCCACGGUGGACACGAGCCCUCGGCCCUACAGGAAGCUCUCUGGUGCAGGAGUGCGGAGAGCAAGGCUUUCCCCCGAAGGAGGACAGAGGGGUCGCCCCCACUCCCGGCGCCGCCACCGUACCACCUUCAGUCCGGCCCAGUUGGAGCAGCUGGAGACAGCCUUUGGGAGGAGUCAGUACCCCGACAUUUGGGCCCGAGAGGGCCUGGCCCGCGACACAGGCCUCAGCGAGGCCAGAAUCCAGGUCUGGUUCCAGAACCGCAGAGCUAAGCAGAGGAAGCAAGAGCGGUCGCUGCUCCAGCCACUGGCCCAUCUGUCUCCUGCCACCUUCUCUGGUUUCUUGCCCGAGUCCCCUGCUUGCCCCUACUCCUACCCAACACCGCCUCCACCCAUGACCUGCUUCCCUCACCCCUACAACCAUGCCCUUCCCUCUCAGCCCUCCACCGGCGGUUCCUUUGCUCGACCCCACCAGCCUGAAGACUGGUACCCCGCCUUGCACCCAACCCCCGCUGGCCAUCUGCCCUGCCCCCCACCCCCAACCAUGCUUCCCCUCAGCCUUGAGCCACCAAAGUCCUGGAACUAA